AUGGCGGGAACAGCAAACGAUACUUUGUCAAUGCGAGAUCAUCCUGAGACGAUGUCGAUUGAUCUCGCUAUCGCUACUGCUUCUCAAAUCCUCUUCGGCGUGCUAGGCGUGUUGGGCAACGCCCUCUGCUUUGCCGUGCUUCGACGUCAGUCAAGGGAGAACAACACCAAUUGGCUCAUCGUCACCCAGUCCUUCAUCGACUUCGUCACCUCUGUCAUCCUCAUCAUCUAUACCGUCCAGGCGACUUGGUAUCCUUUCUCACCAAGCCGUAAAGGACUCGGCGCAGAGCUCUUCUGUCGGGUCUGGAACUCCAGGGUGGCUACCUUCAGCGGUUUUGCAAUCUCGACGUUCAAUCUCACGAUCAUCUCCAUCGAGCGUUACAUCGCCGUUGUACACCCCGUACUCUACAUGACGCGGUUGAAACGGAGAACGCUGUAUCUCAUCGCGGUAAUCGCCUGGCUAACUGCGCCGACAAUACAAAUCAUCUUCGCCGCGGCAUUUUUUGAUUACGACGAAAAAUCAAGCCGUGACUGUAUCGUCGUAGAAACAAGCCCUGCUUUCAACAUUUUUUCGGGUGUUGCCGCCUUCGUCUUCGAGUUCUUAAUCCCUGUUAUCGUAACGGGAUUUUCUUUCGUAUGCAUCACGGCCAAGCUCCGCACGUUGAGGCGCGUUAGACCUGGACCCGUCACCAAUUCGGUAGGGAAUCCAACAUGUUCAAGCACUACAGAGGGGUUACCCUUGCAAGAGGCAGCAGGUUCCCAAAGACCUGUGACAAGCGGUCCACAGUUAUCUGCGCCUCCUGAUGGCAACAAAAACGUCGAGGGUCCACGGCCGGUCGCGAAGUCCUCUGCAGAAGAAGGGAGAGACCUUCGACGACGCAACAUCACCAUCACCCUCCUGAUCGUCUACGUAACAUACCUGGUUUGUUGGACACCCAACCAGGUGACGUUUUUCUUCUACAACGUCUUCGGGGUACCGCGUAAUUACUUAGGCAGCAGUCUGCACCUCUACACAACUAUUUUGGCCACCUUUAAUAUCUGCGUGAACCCGUUUGUAUACGCGUUCAGGUACAAAGCAUUUAAACAAGGGCUCAAGGAGACCCUGUCCCGAUGCAUAUGUCGUAAAUGA